AUGUCGGAACUGCCACCGCACUCAACGGCAACUUCAACCUCGGGCGACACAAUCGUCGACGACAUUGAGACCAGCCGCCAGCAGAACCCGCGUGGAGACUCAAAUUUGGGUCAUGGCGUCGACGUUGCCGCCGCCGAAGCGGACUUUCAGGAGCUGAGUAGGCAGCUGUCGGGACUGUCAAAGACGACGAGUAGGCACUCGCGCAGACUGUCGAGGACCCAGAGCCACAAGGGUGGUGAUCCGGAGAAGUUUGCGGAGGAGGAGGCCGCGGCGCAGCAGUUUGAUUUGGAGGGGCAUUUGAGGGGUGAUGAGAGUGAGGAGAGAGCUGCAGGAAUUAGGCCGAAGCACAUUGGUGUCAUCUGGCAAGACCUCACAGUAUCUGGUAUCGGCGGUGUCAAGAACUUCAUUUCAACCUUUCCCGACGCAGUUAUCGGCUUCUUCAAUGUUUUCGCAACCGCAUCCUCCAUCCUUGGUCUCAACAAGAAGGGUCGUGAAUUCGACAUUCUCAAUGGCUUCCGUGGUGUUGUCAAGCCCGGUGAAAUGGUUCUUGUCCUCGGACGUCCUGGAUCCGGGUGCACAACCUUUUUGAAGGUCAUUUCCAACCAGCGCUCAGGAUACACAAAGGUCGACGGCGAGGUUCUCUAUGGAAAGUUCAGCGCAGAUACAUUCGCCAAGAGGUAUAGAGGAGAGGCUGUCUACAACGAGGAGGACGACGUUCACCACCCCACCUUGACUGUUGGGCAGACUCUCGGCUUUGCGCUGGACACCAAGACCCCCGGCAAGAGGCCCGCGGGAAUGUCAAAGGCAGAGUUCAAGGACAAGAUCAUCAAGCUGCUCCUCAAGAUGUUCAACAUCGAGCACACCAUCGACACCAUUGUCGGUAACGCAUUCGUUCGUGGUGUCUCUGGUGGUGAGAGGAAGCGUGUCUCUAUCGCCGAGAUGAUGAUUACCAAGGGAACCAUCUGCUGCUGGGAUAACUCAACUCGUGGUCUCGAUGCCUCGACUGCGCUCGACUAUGUCAAGUCCCUCCGUAUCAUGACCAACAUCUACAAGACCACCACCUUCGUCUCACUCUACCAGGCCUCCGAGAAUAUCUACUCCCAGUUCGACAAGGUCCUUGUUAUCGAUGCCGGAAAGGAGGUCUUCUUUGGUCCUGCUGACCAGGGUCGUGCCUACUUUGAGGGUCUCGGUUUCUUGCCCCGCCCUCGUCAGACCACCCCCGACUACUUGACUGGGUGUACCGACGAGUUCGAGCGUGAAUAUGCCCCCGGCCGCAGCGAACGUGAUGUUCCUUCCAACCCGCAGGCUCUUGAAGAGGCUUUUCACAAGUCUCCCCACUACAUCCGCCUCAACCAGGAAAUGGAGCAGUACCGUGAGCAGCUCCGUGCCGAGAGCUACGAGGACUUUGAGGUUGCUGUCACUGAGGAGAAGCGCAAGGGUGCCAACAAGACUUCCGUCUACACCAUUCCCUUCUACUCACAGGUCUGGGCGCUCGCUCAGAGGCAGUUCUUGCUCAAGUGGCAGGACAAGUUCUCUCUUACUGUUUCCUGGAUCACUUCUAUUAUUAUUGCUAUCGUCCUUGGUACUCUCUAUCUCGAUCUCCCGAAAACUUCUGCUGGUGCCUUCACUCGUGGUGGUCUUCUGUUUGUUGCACUUCUGUUCAACGCUUUCCAGGCCUUCUCUGAGCUCGCUUCUACUAUGAUGGGUCGGCAAAUUGUCAACAAGCACAAGGCAUACACGUUUCAUCGGCCGUCGGCAUUAUGGAUUGCGCAGAUUGGAGUCGAUCUGAUUUUUGCGUCGGCGCAGAUCAUGGUGUUCAGUAUCAUUGUCUACUUCAUGUGUGGCCUUGUUCGGGAUGCUGGCGCUUUCUUCACCUUCUUCUUGAUUAUCAUCUCUGGGUACUUGGCUAUGACACUCUUCUUCAGAACUGUCGGUUGUGUCUGCCCUGAUUUCGAUUAUGCCAUGAAGUUUGCGGCCAUCAUUAUCACACUCUUUGUCUUGACUUCCGGAUAUAUGAUUCCCUACCCUGCUCAGGGCAAGUGGGUCUCAUGGAUCUUCUACAUCAACGGUCUUGGUCUUGGUUUCGCGGCACUCAUGAUGAACGAGUUCAAGCGUUUGACGCUCACCUGUGGCGCCGAGUCGCUUGUUCCCUCUGGUUCCAGCUACAACAACCUUCUUUACCAGACCUGCACUCUUCUUGGUUCCACGCCUGGUUCUGACCAGAUCGAUGGUGGCUCUUACAUCUCGCUCUCCUUCAACUACCAGCCCAAGGAUCUCUGGCGCAACUUUGGUAUCAUUGUCGUUUUGAUCGCAGCCUUCCUUGCAGCCAACGCCCUUCUCGGAGAGUACUUCUCUUUCGGAGCCGGUGGAAAGACUGUCACAUUCUACGCCAAGGAGAACGCUGAGCGCAAGUCACUCAACGAGAAGCUCGAGGAAAAGAAGCAGCGGAGACGCCAGAAGACUGAGUCCGCCGCUGAUGAUUCUGGUCUUAAUAUUGAGUCAAAAUCAGUCCUUACCUGGGAGAAUCUGGUCUACGAGGUCCCUGUUCCGGGUGGUCAGCUCCGCCUGUUGAACGAGAUUUUCGGAUAUGUCAAGCCUGGUCAGUUGACUGCGCUCAUGGGUGCUUCUGGUGCUGGUAAAACUACGCUUUUGGAUGUAUUGGCUAGCAGGAAGAGUAUUGGCGUGAUUACUGGUGAUGUUCUUGUUGAUGGUAUGCCCAAGGGUACUGCUUUCCAGAGAGGAACUUCUUACGCCGAACAAUUGGACACUCACGAGCCCACCCAGACCGUCAGAGAGGCACUCAGGUUCUCUGCUUAUCUUCGCCAGCCAUAUGAGGUUUCCAAGGAGGAGAAGGAUGCUUAUGUCGAGGAGGUUAUCGCGCUUUUGGAGAUGGAGAACAUUGCGGAUGCUAUCAUUGGUGACCCUACUUCCGGUUUGGCUGUCGAGGAGCGCAAGCGUGUUACUAUCGGUGUCGAACUUGCCGCUAAGCCCCAACUCUUGCUCUUCUUGGAUGAACCUACCUCUGGUCUCGACUCCCAGUCCGCCUUCAACAUUGUCCGUUUCCUGAGGAAGUUGGCCAAGGCCGGUCAAGCUAUUCUGUGCACCAUCCAUCAGCCGAACGCCUCCCUCUUCGAGAACUUUGACCGUCUUUUGAUGUUGCAGCGUGGUGGUAACUGUGUCUACUUUGGUGAUAUCGGAAAGGAUGCUGAGGUUCUCUUGUCGUACUUCCGCAAGCACGGUGCCCACUGCCCCCCUACUGCUAACCCUGCUGAAUGGAUGUUGGAUGCCAUCGGUGCUGGUCAGGCUCCCCGUAUUGGAAACCGUGAUUGGGCAGACAUCUGGAGGACAUCUGAGGAACUCGCAAACGUCAAGGCUGAGAUUGUGCGCAUGAAGGAUGAGCGUAUUGCAGAUGUUGGGAACAACCCGGUUGUCGAUGAGAAGGAAUACGCUACACCUCUUGGUUUCCAGAUCAGCAUGGUCAUGAAGCGUACUAACCUUUCUUUCUGGCGUACUCCCAACUAUGGCUUUACCCGUCUCUUCAACCACGUCGCCAUUGCUCUUCUCACCGGUCUUGUUUUCUUGCAGCUCGAUAAUUCCCGCUCCGGCCUCCAGUACCGUGUCUUCGUUCUCUUCCAGGUCACCAUCUUGCCGUCGCUCAUUCUCGCCCAGGUUGAGCCCAAGUACGAUAUGGCACGUCUGAUUUUCUACCGUGAGCAGUCAUCAAAGAUGUACGGUCAAUUCGCCUUCGCAUUGUCCAUGGUCGUCGCCGAGCUCCCCUACAGCAUCAUCUGUGCCGUUGGUUUCUACGUCUGCCUCUACUUCCCUCCCGGUUUCAGCACUGUUUCCGGCCGCGCCGGCUACCAGUUCCUCAUGGUCCUCAUCACCGAGAUGUUCUCUGUUACGCUCGCUCAGAUGAUUGCCGCGCUGACCCCCAACGCGUUCUUGGCCUCGCUCCUUAACCCGUUCAUCAUCAUCACCUUCGCUCUUUUCUGUGGUGUCACGAUUCCCAAGCCCAACAUGCCCAAGUUCUGGAGGUCCUGGUUGUACGAGCUCGAUCCCUUCACCCGCCUCAUUGGUGGUAUGAUCGUCACUGAGCUUCACGACCUUCCUGUCACCUGCGCGGAGCUCGAGUACAACACGUUCUCGAUCCCAAGCGGCGAGACUUGCGAGAGCUAUGUUGGCAAGUUCAUGGCCGCUGCUCCCGGGUACAUCAGGAACUUGACUGCGACCGGAUCUUGCGAUUACUGUGCUUACAGUGUCGGAGACGAGUUUUACUCACCUUUGACGCUUUCAUACGAUAACCGAUGGAGGGACAUGGGUAUUCUCAUUGCUUUCUGUGUGUCGAACUUGAUUAUUCUGUUUGUAGGGUCGAGAUAUCUCAACUUUGCAAGACGCUAA